AUGCCUGUUCCGCUAAUUCAAAAGGCGAUUUUGGAUGGCCUGGACACGGUGCCCAACUCGGCCGUACUGCUCAAGCUCGUGCCUGUCGUGCUGGUCCUCUGGCUGGUCCGAAGAUGGUUCCAAGGAGCUUCAAACACGUCCGAGAGGACCAUGCACGGCAAGGUCGUCAUGAUCACCGGCGGCACGUCUGGUAUAGGUGCUGAAGUUGCUCGCGAUCUGGCCACGCGAGGCGCUCAGCUGGUCCUGCUUACCCAACACGCUCUGGACGACUUUUUCCUCGUCGAGUACAUUGAAGAACUGCGCGACCGCUCCAACAACGAACUCAUCACCGCCGCCCAAGUCGACCUCACUUCGCUCCACUCGAUUCGCCAGUUCGCUACCAAAUGGGUCGACAAUGCUCCUCCCCGCCGACUCGACAUGAUCAUCCUCUGCGCAAACACCCUGACUCCCAAGGGUGGAAAGAUACAAAAGACUGACGACGACGUCGAGAUCAACUGGGGCUUAAACUACCUGGCAAACUUCCACCUUCUCAGCAUCUUGUCCCCUGCAAUCCGCGCCCAGCCGCCAGACCGUGACGUCCGUAUUCUCAUGGCAACCUGCAGCGCCUACAUCGGUGGAAUCCUCCCUGUCACCGGCAACAAGGAAGCAAAGAUCAGACAAAAGGAAAGAGCUGAGAAGUUCAACCCAUACUCUGCCUACGCAUCCUCCAAACUCGCCCUUAUGACUUUUGCUCAAUCCUUCCAGAAGCAUCUUUCUGCUUACGCUCGUCCCGACAAGAAUCCUAUGAACGCAAGAGUCAUCUUGGUUGAUCCUGGUCAAACACGUACCCCUGGAAUGCGCCGCUACCUCACUUGGGGUUCCAUCACCGGUCUUGUCCUCUACCUCUUGACAUACCCCCUGUGGUACAUCAUCCUGAAAUCGCCCUCGCAAGGCGCUCAAUCCUUCCUCUACGCUGCCAUGGAGGCUCAAUGGGGAAGAGGCAACGGCGGCUGGCUAAUCAAAGAAUGUCGCGAGAUCGCUCCUGUUAGAAGAGACAUGCUGGACGAAGAGCUACAAAAACAACUUUGGGAGUAUUCCGAAAAUAUGAUUCAAGAGGCUGAGAAGAGAGGCGCUAAGAAGAGGGCGGAAGCAAAGGCCGAGGAGAAAGUCAAGCCUGCAGAGCCCAAGAAGCCUGAUGAGAAGAAGCCAGGCAGUAGAAGAACUAAGAAGGCUUGA